GAGCAGAUCUGGAGGCAGAGACACACAAAAAACGAGUGUGACGCACCCUGAGGAUGAAGUCACUCUUAGAAGAAAGAAAGAAAACGACCAGACGUUUAACCAUAACAGACGGAGGCUCAUCAGUGAAGCUGAAGGUCCUCCUCAUCUUCACCCUCUUCCUGAUCUCAGGACUGACCUUGGAAAACGGUGGACUGGAGUUUAUAUGAACAUCACUGAGACCAGAAUGAAGAUUCUCCUCAUCUUCACCCUCCACCUGAUCUCAGGUGGAGCAGCUGGUACUGAUGUCAUCGGCUUCCUGGGAGGAAGAGUUACAAUCAACUUCAAGCACAAUGUUUAUGACCCUGAAGUGAGACAGGUGUUUUUUUGCAAAGCUGCUAAGUGUGAAAUAAUAAUCUAUGAUCAGCGUAACAGAUGGAUUCUGAAAGACAGAUUUCAUCUCUAUGGUGACUUUCACCAAGCACUUACAGUGACCUUCAAACAGCUGAGCUCAGAAGAUGCUGGACCAUAUCAGUAUGGAGAGAAUAAACAGUUGAAGCAUCAGUUUAACCUCCAAGUGAUCCGUGAUCCGUGUUGUUUGGGACCAAACACCAUGACUGGUUAUGUGGGAGAGACCAUCACCAUCAGCUUUUCAUAUCCAGAGCAGUUUGAGAGUCACACCAAGCUCUUCUACAAACGUGAUGGUCUUCGUUUUAAUAUCAUGAUCGGCACCACAGAGACUCAGAGAGGCAGAUUCUACAUGUCUGAUAACAGAGAGUCUAAAGUUUUCAGUGUGAGGAUCAGUAACGUGACAGAAGAUGAUGGAGGAGUUUAUUACUGUGGAGUGUGGAAUGAAGGAGAGUCAGUCAGUUAUCAGUCCCUCUACACAGAGAUUCAGCUGCAGGUCACUGAGAAAAGCACAACAGAGACCUCAGGACCAGCCACACAUCAUUCUGAGAAAAGCACAACAGAGACCUCAGGACCAGCCACACAUCAUUCUGGUCAUUAUCUCAUCACCAUCCCUGUGUGUGUCUGUGUGGUUCUGCUGCUGAUUGGAGGAUCAGCACUGAUCUUCUACAAACACAGAUCUGUUUCUACAAACACUCAGAUAAGAACACCUAACAGAGCUGAUGCUGAUUAUGAAAAUGAUCCAUCUCGAAACCAGAAUAACAUCAGCAUGGGUCCAAUCUACCAGAGCCUGGACCCCAAAAUCAGCCAAUCAGAUUCAGUCUACCAGAGUCUAAACCCCAACAUCAGCCAAUCAGAAUCAGCCUACCAGAGUCUAAACACCUACACCAACCAAUCAGAUUCAGCCUACCAGAGUCUAAACCCCAACACCAACCAAUCAGAUUCAGCCUACCAGAGUCUAAACCCCAACACCAACCAAGCAGAUUCAGCCUACCAGAGUCUAAACCCCAACACCAACCAAGCAGAUUCAGCCUACCAGAACCUAAACAUCAAAACCAAAUAAAUAAACUUAUUAAGUCUAGAGCAGGGGAUGUCCAGUGUCACGAUUGGCUCCUCCCACUCCAUGUGCCUUUUUGUUUUGGUUUAAGUCCUGCCCCCUGUUUGGCUACUCCGCCCCUGAUUGUGUUUGUAACCCAGUUGACAAAUGCAUAAU